GCAUUGAAUUUAUCUUAGAGUAGGUAUCGCUUACCGCGAGCUCUACUUUCUGAAUAGGAUACUAUAUAAACACUGUGGUCUCUAUGGCUUCCACUUCUACUUCGAUGGAUCGUAAAAUUUCUCGUAGUUGACAAAGAGGAAGGUAGCGCGGGAAAGGAAAGAAAACGCGUGAAAACGACGCCAUUUCCGAACCGAUCAUCGCUGACUAAGUUCUCUGAUUACAAGGUUGUGUUAAAGAACCUACUCGGCAAUCAUGAGUCACGCAGAUCCAGGUCCUUUAGCUGCCUAUAACAGCUUGCAAGACAAGCAUCUGGCUGGAUAUUUUUCAAACUCUCGUAUGAAGAAACACUUGCAAAAGUCAGGACUGGUAACCAGAAAGGGGAAGAUAAUUGAUGAGAAGACAUACAGACUUAACAUGGCUAAGAAGGAACACAGGAAGCAUGUGCGUGAUCUCCUAGCAACUGCUAUUGUGCACAAGACAUUGGAUAUGGAGAGGGUUCGUCAGUAUGAGAUAAGAAAGAGACUGGAUGAAAUAUACAAAGUUGAGUUGGUCAGAAGAGUGAAGGAGGGAAGAAAUAGAAAAGGUGACGAGGAUAUUCUUCCUCUUCUUUCUCCUCGAGAGCGAACAGCUCGGCAAAUGGCUAAGGCACAACUGAGAGACAGGCCUUCCACAGCACCAGCUUCAAUGACAGGCGGUGACGAAGAGGACCAAGGAGAUCUGAAACCUUCAGAGAUAUAUUAUGACAAUGAUACCCAGAAAAUAUACUACAGGGUUGAUUCAAAUCCAUCCGCCAUGAAUGGCUAUCUUAAAGAUGAGACAGAGGAACUUGGUCCAUCUCCAUACACCAGAGCAUAUCCUGCCACUUACCCAGCCCCAGCACCUCCCCCAACAGGAACACCACGGCGUUCCAGGACUGCUGGCUCUACAAGGAGAGGCGUAAAGCUUCAAAGGUAUCAUUUCUUGGCCAGAACUGAACCAGCAGUUGCCCGCAGAGUACAGCUUCAAUCCUUGGCAGAAGUGACAAUGAAGUUUGUUGGUCCCAGUCUGGUGCUCACCAACAGCAUGUUUCCAGAAGACAGAUUAUCGGAAGUAAUGGUUCUGCAGCAGCACUGUGGAGGAAGCACUUUGUGUGUUUUCAGAGAACUGUUGCCUCCAAACACGAUUUUUACCUUCAUCUCACGGCGUCACAGGGGUUCCCCCUUUGGUUUGACAUUUUACAUUGAUGGCAUGCAAGAUAUUCGACUCAGCUGUUGUUGUGAAUACAAACACAAACCUGGUCAUGUCUUGGGUGGUAGAAAUGGUCAUUUUCAGUUUGUUGUUGUUGAGGGAGCUGCACCCUGUUACAGAUGUCAAGUUGCAUCAGCUCACAGAUAUUCCAAGAAACUUAAGGCUAAUGAUGAGGCCGACAGAUCUAAAACUUUUAUGACUGAGACAGCUAAUGAGCAGGAAGAGGAAGAACAAGGAGAGACAUUUGAUGUGAUAAUAACUAAGCUAAAACCUGAAUCAGAUGGUGAUCAAGUGGAUGGAGACGAGGAAAAAGACGAAGGUGAAAUGGUAGACAGUAGUACCCAGACCCCUCGUGAUGAGAAUAACGCUAAGGACAAAGAAGAAUUGACAGUUGAAGAUGAGGAGAACACUAAAGAGAAUAAUCCAGAAAACAAUCGACAAUUUGAAAAUGGAAAGAGAAUGGAAAAUAACGAUACUGAUAAUAUUAACUACAAAAUGGAUAUUAAGACAGAUGCUGAACGCCCAGCGAGUCCAACAGACUCUGAAGGAAGACAUAGCAAGAAUGUUUCGUUUGAUGAGGAUGUCACUGUUAUUGAAGGUGACCAAGAUGGAGAGAGAGGCGAGGAAGGUGAAGAGACUCCAGACGAAGUACCAGACGACGAAGAAACGCCAAACAAGCAGGGUCCAAGUACAAGUAUUGCUGAGCAGGAUGACGAGGAGGCUGAAGACGUCCCUGAGUCCCUGGAUCACGGACGGGAGAACGGAGUCACUAACCCAGCUGAGCAGGAGCAUCAAGAGGAUGACCAACCUGACAGGAAUGAUACUGUGAAGUCUCCAGAGCUUAGUGACAGCAGCAGCAGCAGCAGUAGUAGUAGCAGUAGCAGUAGUGAAAGCAGCGACAGCGAGGAUGAAGGAAAACAAGAGCGAGAUUCCAAAAAGAAUGGGAAACUAAAGUCAGAACCUGGUCAAGAUCCCGGAAGUGAUCCAGACUUAGUCUCAUCCGGUCAGUUACCGGAUCAGGCUUUGAAGGCAGUGGGCGUGCAGCCUGGUGCCAAGCACCAGGGUUCAGUCCGUUCUUUGCUGGAAGGGAAAGAGGAUGUUGACAUCGCUGGCGUUGAACUUGCCAAAGAACAGGUUGAAGAGCUCGCAAGUAUCAUCGACUCACGAGAGGAGCUUGGAUCAAUUAUUCUCAGAAAUGCUGCGUUAGAUGACAAUAUGCUAGAAAUACUGACUCCUUCUCUGAAGAAUAGGCUCGAUUUAAAGAUGCUGAACCUAAGUGUGAAUACUUUCGGACCAGAAGGUGCGAAACACUUGGCUGAAGUUAUCAGAGAGAACAAUUCAAUUAAGAUGCUACUGUUACAUGGAAAUAAGUUAAACGAUGAUGGAGUUGGGAUACUAGUCGACGCUAUUUUAGAAACCACAGGCACGGCAAUAAUGAACCUGGACAUAGGAGACUGUGGCAUCACGCAAGAUGGCGCCGAACAUAUCGCCAAACUGAUCGAGCAUAACCAGACGGUCUCGAUACUAACGAUCAGCGGUAACAGCAUUGACUUGGAGGGUUGGAAGAGUAUUAGCAAGGCCUUGACCACAAACAGCACUUUGGAAACAAUUUCUCUAGACUUCAAUAAUUUAGGUGACGAGGAAGCUGUUGUCUUGGCUGACGGUAUACGAGGAUGUAAAAGCCUCAGUUACAUUGACAUGGAGGGGAACAAAAUUGGUGACGAAGGAGCGCUAAAGCUUUUUGAAGCAGCAAAAGCCAAUAAGUCAGUUGUCGACCUUACGCUCCUGCCAAUGAAUCAGAUAUCAAAAGAAAUAUCUGAUGAAGUGAAGCAGUUCCUGACGGAAAGAGAAAACGAACGAAAGAAUAAUGCACAUCGGAAGGAAGAUGGUAAUGAACAACCUGUUGUGGCCGAAGGAGAAGAUCAACAUGAACGCAAAGAGAGUGCACAGGAACGUGAAGGAGAGAAUGAACGAGAACGUGAAGGUGAGGGAGACAAACGAGAAGACGAGGAAGACGAAAAAGGAGGCGAAGGAGACAAAGAUGAGGGCGUGGAAGAGAAAGACAAAACAGACGGUGAGGAGGAAAAACAAAAGGGCGAGGAGGAGCAAGCUGAGUUGGGUGAAAUACACGCGGAACAAGGAGAAGGAGAGAACCACGACAAAGGAGAACAACAACCAGGUGGAGAUAAACUUGAAGAAAGUGAUCAUCCUGCUCCUGAAGUUGAGGAGGCGGCAGGCGAAGGGAAUCCUGAGGAACCAGAGUCUGCUGCACCUGAAGAGGAGGCUGACCAACCGUCGGGUGAACUGCCUGCUGGAGAACAUGAUAUAACGAAGGAGAAUGAUAAUGAGCAACAGAACGAGCCUGGAGAAAGUUCUGUAAAGGAAACGUCCCGGGAAGAUCCCCCAGAACAGGAACCACCUGAGGGAGAGAAAGACGACCCUACCCCUCAAGAUCCAAGAGAAUCACUCGAUCACAGUACGAAUGACGAGGAGACGCCCAAGGAAGACUCGUCCACCGAGCGAAAUGGCAAAGAUCAGGAAGAAUCGGGGAAAGAUAACGAAGAAGAUAAAAGACCAGCUGCAGAUUCUAUGUAGAGUUUUUACUCGUAUGCAUAGCAGAGGAAAAUUCAUCUGACUUCAACGUGCAACUCGUGUCCGUCCUGAGCCAUUCGUGCUCCGCAUUUAUGUUGUCUUGUCUCUGCGAUGUCUGUCGACCUUCGCACAUUUUUAUUUUAAAGGCUUCACCACCGCGUCCAUCAUUUUUCAGUAGUCAAACAAAACGACCCCAAAGAACGCGAUUAAGCUCCAUUUACUUACAUUUUCAUUUUUUUAGUAUAAACAAAUAAGCUUAUAAUGUAAGUUUAGGUGUAGAUUGGGCCAUUGUUUUUAGUUUUAUUUACUUUGUUGAGAGUUUAUUCCCUUCCCCCUCCCCUCACCCGUUCAUAUUGUUAAUGAUCAUUAAUGAUUCACAAUCAAUUACCUUAAGACUGUCGUAUGACGAAGCGUAGGACAGUGAAAUAAUUUAAGUGCGGCUCUUUCGUGCUUGGGUAGAAAAGUCUACAGUUAAUUGGGCUGAAAAGAAUCCCGUUGGUGUGAUGAUGAUAUUUUAUAGACAAUAUCAAUUUAAAAUGUUAAUGUUUUUUGGAAGAUGUCACAUAAUAUUUUUUUAUAAGUGAUUAGUGACAAAGGUUUAGGAGUGUCAAAGGAUCAAAGUAUAAUCAGUGUCAGACUGUUAUCUCAGUGGCUUUCCAGUCCGUAUACGAAAAGGAAACAAACUAACAAAUUGUACAUAAAACAUUUCAAUUAACUUGAUCCGACGCUUACACGAGAGUACAUAACUGUUACGUCAAUACUCACCGAGUGCACGCUUCAUGUCAACAGCACAUCGAUAAACUCUCACUCGGACUCUGAGCUUAGAGAGAGUUUGUCACAAUACUGGAGAUUUUCGAAUGCGAUGGUUGUAAAAAUUGAAAAUUCUUAAAUUGCGUUGUAAAUAUUGUUAUUUAACAAGAAGUCAGACGAGCGCCUUAGCUCACAAAUAAAGCAGUUUGUUUUUUUACAA